AUGCCACGUGCCAUGAACGGAGUCCGCAACACCAACUUCAAGGCACUCAAACUCCCACUACAAAUGGAAACGAUAAGUACUAGAAAGCUUCUUCAUUCUCACCUACUGCCGCAUUUCACCAAAGCCUCCAACAGACUGCGCUUAUUAAGCAAGGAAAUUAGAAAUGGCAAGUGUGAAUGCGUCAUGUUUUUUGUCGAGAAGCUCAAAUGUCAACACCGGAGGGUCUUUUACAUCAAAAAGUUUUACAAACUUGGCACAGAUGGGCCUGAUCAGGAACCAAACCACUGCUCACAGUUCGUUAAAAUCUAUGAACAAGUUGGAUUUGCUACAAUUCAGAAGCAAUGCAAAAGCAAAUCCGAUUCAAUACCGGGGGAAAACUGGACACAGAACUAAUUGUCACAGACCGUCAAGCGGCAUCAGAUGCCAAAGUGGGAUGAAUAUUGUUUUCGUCGGAACCGAGGUGGGUCCAUGGAGCAAAACUGGAGGACUUGGCGACGUUCUUGGAGGAUUGCCACCAGCCAUGGCGGCCAAUGGGCACCGUGUUAUGACAGUGUCCCCCCGCCAUGACCAGUACCAAGACGCAUGGGAUACUAAAGUAGUGAUUGAGAUAAAAGUUGCAGAUAGAAUUGAGACAGUUCGUUACUUCCACUGCUACAAACGGGGUGUUGAUCGUGUUUUCGUGGAUCACCCAAUGUUCCUGGAAAAGGUUUGGGGUAAAACUGGCUCUAAGAUCUACGGGCCUAAGACAGGGGACGAUUACAAGGACAACCAAUUUAGAUUCAGUUUGUUUUGCCAAGCUGCUCUGGAGGCACCAAGAAUUUUGGAUCUGAAUAGCAAUGAAUAUUUCCCUGGACCUUAUGGGGACAAUGUUGUCUUCAUUGCCAAUGAUUGGCACACUGCUCUUCUUCCUUGUUAUCUGAAGACCAUGUACAAAUCUAGGGGGCUGUACAAGACUGCCAAAGUUGCUUUCUGCAUACACAACAUUGCCUACCAAGGAAGAUUUGUUUUUUCAGAUUUCUCACUUCUCAAUCUGCCAGAUCAAUUUAAGAGCUCUUUUGAUUUCUUUGAUGGGAAUGACAAGCCUGUCAAGGGAAAGAAAAUUAACUGGAUGAAAGCUGGAAUAUUGGAAUCAGAUAGGGUCAUAACAGUGAGCCCACACUACGCCCAGGAGCUUGUUUCUGGCGAAGACAAAGGUGUGGAGUUGGAUAACAUCCUCCGUAAGACUGGUAUAACUGGUAUUGUGAAUGGCAUGGACAUCCAAGAGUGGAAUCCAUCCGAAGAUAAAUACAUCAAUGUCAAAUAUAAUGCCACCACUGUCAUGGCUGCAAAGCGCCUUCUGAAGGAAGCUCUUCAAGCGGAAGUGGGGUUGCCUGUCGAUGCAAGUAUCCCUUUGAUAGGAUUCAUUGGUAGACUAGAAGAGCAAAAAGGCUCGGAUAUCCUUGCAGAGGCCAUUCCUGAAUUCAUCAAAGGGAAUGUUCAGAUUGUAGUUCUUGGAACUGGCAAAAAGUAUAUGGAGAAGCAGCUAGAAAUGCUUGAGAUAAUGUAUCCCGACAAUGCCAGAGGAGUAGCGAAAUUUAAUGUUCCCUUAGCCCACAUGAUUAUUGCGGGGGCAGAUUUUAUGAUGAUCCCAAGUAGAUUUGAACCCUGUGGUCUCAUUCAGUUCCAGGCCAUGCGAUAUGGAACGGUGCCUAUUGUUUCCUCAACGGGUGGGUUGGUUGACACUGUCAAAGAAGGUUACACUGGAUUUCAGAUGGGAGCUUUCAAUGUUGAUUGCGAAGUAGUUGAUCCAGCUGAUGUAGCUGCAAUAGCAACUACUGUGAAAAGAGCCCUUGCUACCUACAGUACCCCUGCACUGAUAGAGAUGAUCCAAAAUUGCAUGGCGCAGGAUCUCUCAUGGAAGGGACCAGCCAAGAAAUGGGAGGAAUUGCUGUUGGGAUUGGAGGUAGCUGGCAGUGAACCUGGCAUUGAUGGGGAGGAGAUUGCUCCGCAAGCCAAGGAGAACGUUGCCACUCCAUAAGCACCAUUUUUGCAACUUUCAAGUGGUGGUCAUGUAUGUGAACUGAUGCAACAAUUGAACUACCUAUGGAAAAACUCCCCAAACCAGUAGGUGUUCUGAAUUCUCUCAGUUUCUAGUGGCCACCAUGAUUUCUGGGGUAAAAAGGAAUCACGGGAAUUUGGAGUAUUCUGAAGGUAGGUGGUAUUGUAAAGCCUGGUCUUGGGCUUGGACUAACAUAUGUGUAUCUAACAAAUGAUUCCUUUUGUCUAACAAAUAUCGUAUGCGUAGGCGUCAUGUACAAAGUAAUACAGUCAAUAAAUGCUUCUUGUUAA